AUGGUUGGAAUGGUUUCGACAGGUGGUGGUGGGAGAGGUGUUGUUGCUAGAGGAGGUCAUGUUGUGGGGUUGGGAGGUGUCAGAAGCGGUAGCAUCUACGGGUUAGUAGCUACUCGGAAAGAGACGAUAGCGUGUGGAAUGCGAGUGGCGUAUGAAGGAGGCGGUAGGCUAGGGACGUGUGGGAUUAUUUUUGGGAGGGAGAAGACAUUGGCUAGGCUAGUAUUUUUGGGUGGGAUGAGCAGCAGUCGGCGCCGACGGGAAGGAGAGAAGAAAGACAG